GUGGACUCUCCGGGUGUGUCCGGGCUGGAACUCUAUGGUCGCCCGCCCUCCGCACUUCCUCUCUAGCCGCGAUCUCACUCUAUGCUCCUCGGUCCGGCGGCCAGCCGGGAGGGGUGCGCAGAGGGAGGCGGGGCGGGAAGGCUAGAGGUGUCUGAUCCUCCAGUGCGGCGGGAGACCCGAGCCGGCGGUGUGACAGCUCGUCGGCCGCCAUGUCAGCGAGCCGGGCUGGAAACAGACUCGGCGCCCGGCGGUAGCCCUUGCGAUGCCUCGGAUGCCCAGGCAUGGAAGGACUUUGACGAGACGCUAAACAGUUCCACAAAAGAUGCGCUAAUGGAUGACAGCGACUCUCCUACAUACAGUCUGCAGAUAGAGCCACAAGAUGGAUGUCAUCCGGGGGACAGCGUGGAAAGGAGAGUGACAUGCUUGCCUUCUGUCUCAGAUGAAAAUGAAAAUCAGCUUGCCGGAGACGGGCCUGCACUUCUGACCACCAGUGACGGUGCCAUGGGAAGGGCCGCAGUGUCUGAGCAGGACAGUCUCAACAAUAACGAAAGCUGCCUGUCCAGCUGUGAGGCAGCCCCCAGGGACAACUCAGAAGGUCCCAAAGAUGACCCGCCUUCCUUGGGUGAGGACACAAAGCCACCUGGAAAAAGAAGUCCAAGGGCCAAAAGAAGCGUCCCUAAGAGCUCAGCACCUCCAGGGUUGGGAGCUGGUGAUGGCGCACCUGUUACACAGAUGCCGAAUGCAGCCUCACAGGCUGCCGGUGAGGAGGAGGCUGCCGGAGUGAACGCAAAUGACCCACCCAAAGCACCAGCACUGCAGCCGCUCUUCUCGCUGAUCCGAGGAGAGGUGGAGCAGAUGGACUCUAGGGCACUUCCCCUCUUCCUCCACCAGGUAGCGGAGACCUAUUUCCAGGAAGAGGACUAUGAGAAAGCAAUGAAAUUCAUUCAGCUUGAACGACUGUAUCAUGAGCAAUUGCUUGCCAAUCUUUCUGCCAUUCAGGAACAGUGGGAAACAAAAUGGAAAUCUGUCCAGCCAAGCACCGAGAAGCCUCUGAGGAAUUCAGAAAAGGGAUUUAAUGGUGAAGAUUUUGAACAGCUUGCUAAAAUUUGCACAACUCAUCAAGACCCUCUCUUGUUCAAGCUUAAGAUAGCACCUGUGGAGCAGUCACCAGGGAGGAAAGGCUUUCCGAGGGUGACAAUGUCUGAAGAGCCGAUGGAGAGAGGAGCAACAGCCAAAGAGCCAGAGAUUGAAACCUGCCCCGGCACGAGUCCAAGUGGAGGCCGGCAUGAGGAGGAGCCCCAGGAGAGCAGCCCUGACUGUCCUCAGAUGGACUGGCAGGCAGCUUCCCCCGACCUUCCAGGAACUGCAGGGAAGGCGCACACGGAGGCGGAGGCGCUGCCCAAUACCACACUGGAGCUCCACACCCAGUCCCCAGAGGCAGCUGGGAGCAGGUCAGCGGCAGCUGCUGCCGAGAAUGCCUGUGAGGACGACAGCUGUGUGCAGGCGCCUCCCACAGAGGACCACCCUGAUGUGGCCAGAGCCCCUAAGGAGGCUCCUCCUAGUGAGCUAGUGGCAGAGCCAUUCCCGAGCGGCGACAUUGCACCGCCUGGGUUGAUUUCAGGGGGUAAAUAUUCACAGACACACCGAAAAGAACUCUGCCUUCCACUCCAGGACACAUUUGAAGCGCUGCCCAGGGACCAGCAUUGCAACAGUGAGGUAGCCAAGCCACGGCAGCCUGAUGUCACUGCCAGUGAUGGGAAAUCAGCACAGAGUCAGGCUGGCUUGGAGACUGGUCCUGAGAGCGCACUUUGUGGUGACAGGAACGCCUCUGACGUAAGCACACUGUGCCCAGAAGUGUGUAUGGCCCCAGAAGAAAGGGGGGACAGGGAAGAGCAAGUAAGCAAGGAAACGGAAGCCUAUCUGAACAGCCUUCUGGAAGGAUGCUUAAAGGAUGCGGAAGACUCCCUGUCCUAUGAGAGCAUCCAGGACGACGACGACUCCGACCUCCUCCAAGACCUCUCUCCUGAAGAAGCCUCCUACAGUCUCCAGGAGAAUCUGCCUCCUGAGGAGAGCGCGCUCUCCCUGGAUGAUCUGGCCAAGAAGAUAGAGAUCGCAGAGGCCGUUCCUGCAGAAGGGCUGGUGUCCAUACUGAAGAAGAGGAAUGAUGCAGUAGGCGGCCAUCCUGCCCAAAUGCAGCAGAAGCCGUCCAAACGCAGAGUGCGGUUCCAGGAAAUAGACGAUAACCUGGACCAAGAUGAAGUCGGCGGUGGCUCCUGCAUCCUGCUCAUCUUGCUGUGCAUAGCCACCGUUUUCCUCAGCAUUGGAGGGACGGCGCUCUACUGCACUCUGGGUGACAUGAAGUCACCUGUUUGUACGGACUUUGCUGACAACGUGGACUUCUAUUACACUAAGCUGCUGCAGGGGGUGGCAGGGCUUAAACACUGGGUCUACCUCUCCUAGCAGCAAGGGUGACAGGCGUGACAGGAAUGCCGACAGACAAAGAAGAUGCAAACUUCCCCGACAGCUUUUAUUUCAGAAGUCAUGAAACAUUCCCCCUCCCUGGCUUCAAGGACCCAAGGACGGACGUUAGAAACAGCAACAUCGAACAGCAGCCCAGAGAGCACCGUUAGAAUAAUCCCCAGCAGAAGGCAGUGCUGACACAGGCCCUGAGGACAGAGGGAGGGAGCCUUGGCGAGCAUUGCCCAGUCCUUGCCUUUCCAGUGUCCUGUGGGGCUUACACUGAGGGCUAAAGGACACUCCUGGUUUACAGUCGUGCUCCGAGGGCAUUGCCUCCCGCCAUCAUGCAAUAAGUUCCUUUGUCAUCAGAGAGAGUCACCUUAUGGCUUCAGUGCCAUUUUUUAGUUAAUCUUGGGAGCUGUGUAACUUAAGCCUUGGGCAUUACUCUAGAUUCUGGUCUUCAUUUGUGAAAUGGUUGUGUGGGUGUGUGGAGGUCUGAAGCAGUGAUCUCGAGUGGAUAGCUGGCAUAGGAUACAAAGAUUACCUUUAUUCUUUUAACUUGACGACAAUGUGCAGGCACAAAUCUUUGGAAAAGGCUUACCUGUGAACUAGAUAAACUGUAGAAACUUUGGCCCUGAACUGAGGAACUAACAGAACUGUGGCAAUGAACUUGACAGGCCUGAAGGCACAGUGACAGAAAUCCCAGUUCCCAGGUGAGAUUUCACCCUGGCUUCUAAGCUGCCUCAAGUGUUGAUUGCUCAGAGAAACUCACUGAACAUCUGUUGUGUUUCUGAGACCCUCAGGAUAGGAGCCCAGAAAGGCACAGUUCCUUGUGCAGGUGUCUAUGGAAGGUGGACCCAUACUUUGAUGACUCAAACAGGCUACCACAUGUAUGAGUAAUCUCAGGCCAUACACUUAGGUGUGUAGAAUUUGACUGUCUAUCAUGGGCUCAUUUUAGACCGCCUCAUGAGGUCCUCACACCGUAAAGAGACAAAGGUCUAGCCAUGUUUAAUUCCAUCAUUAGAUGGCCUUCCCUCAUUUGCGGUACAGUGAUCUCUCACUUAGGAAGCUUUGACUUUUUAUAUUCUAGGUAACAUCUGUUUUUAAAAAUCAUGAAUUAUAGUUUUUUAGCAAGUGAUCGUUAUGUUCUGUUUUCCCAUUAGGAUCAUUUGGAAGGAAGAGAGAGAAAUUGCUUUGUAGAUGUUACUGGCUGGCACAGUACCUUCCUUUGCGUUUCUGCCUAUUUAUUUGGAGCGUGGAUUUAAGGGGCUUUUUUAUGAGUUGCGCGUGUGCCACUGAGCAUGUGUCCCUUCGUCCCACUGCUGCCUAUUUAAUUAGACACUCAGAGUUUGGAUUUUGUACCAUUUCAGCUCCGUAUGUCUCUAGGCUUCUUUUGAAAUUGAGUUUUUAUUUUCACUGACAAUACUGCGUGGCUUAUCUCUUAUCAUGUCACCAUAAACUGUAAUAUUUUCGAUGGUUCUAGAUCAGAGUUAUUUAUUUAGAAGUAUACAGAAUACUGAAAUUUAGAUUCCUUAUACCUAAGGCUGAUUUUAUUAGAAGAUUAUUUUAAUGUCCUAUUAUAAAUUUUAAGACUUUGUAUUCAUAUCAUAUGUAAAAUAGGGCCCAUUGUCCUGAUACUAUGGUUCUGUAGAAGCCACUAGUAAGGUCACCCAUGCAGGCUCCUCUCGACACAAACCUGUUUCACCCUCGUGAUUUCUAGUUGCAGGGAUUUGGUGAUUUUUGUUUCUGCCAAUUUUAUGUCAAGAAAAGUUCAAAUCUCUCUCCUGUUUACCUCCUUACGGUCACUCAAGAGUCCCCUGUGACCUCUGAUGUUGUAUUUGCCUCUCAGCCACCUUGGUCACAUUUCUAGAACCCUGGAUUUCCUGGGAGAAUCCAGCAAACGAAAGAGCUGCUAAUCGGUGACCCGGCUGUGUAUCCGGAGAGCUGGUGCUCACCACUCAAGGAACCAGAGUGACUGGGAGAAGGCUGACCUCGUGACCUAAAGUGGGCGUGAACUCUCACCCAGAAAAAGUAGGGCACCUUUGAAAACUGUAAUCGUCAUUUAUUGCAUGAAUUGGAGUAUCCCCCCUGCAGGUGAGAGGAUGCUGUCCCACGAAUUAGCAUCCAACAACUGUACCGAAAUGUCACUCCUCUCAUUUGGAAGUACUGACGACUACUCAUAACUAGGGUUCUGAAGAACUGUAUCUGAGGGUGUCAAACAAGCUUGUAAUUUAAAAUCUACACCAACAAAA